AUGGGCAGUAAAGAGAACUGCCGGGGCGGAGAUGGAGGGGGGAGGUCGUCAUCGCUGAAAUUCUAUUACGCGUUUUAUACGCGGGGCGCCUUAAUGUGUGAGGGGGGUGCCCAUUACAAUUUGGCCCCCUCGCGCCGCACCCCCGUCGACGUCGUUAUACCUCCGCGUAGCAGCGAGCACGGGGGUCAAGUUGAACUGGUCCAGCGACACGCC